AUGACAGAUCCAGUAUCUCUUGUCCUCGGAAUCACCCCCCUCGUGGUCGGCGCUAUCAAUGUCUAUAGCACGAUACAUGCCAAGUUCAAAACAUACCGUAAGUAUUCAAGAGAAAUACUCCGCUUGAACCGACAACUUGAAAUCCAGCGUCGCGUUUUUCUAAACGAGUGCCAUUUUUUGCUACGACUUGUUGUGACCGACGAACGCACCAUCUGGGCCAUGCUCUCCAAUACUCGGCAUGAUGAAUGGGCUAGUAGGUCCAUCGACCAGCAGUGGAGGAGAUACCUGGAUGAAAAUUAUGAUACCUGUUUAAAAAUUGUGGAGGAAAUCAACGAAAAACUGGAGGAGCUUGGCGUGAAGUUCAAUCAUUUUGACUCCAUUUCGGCGCAACUACCGGAAGAGAAUUCACAACGGAGGUUAGAUCGGAUACAAUCAGCCAUUAAGAUGUCAUUUAAAAAGCCCGGGUAUGAUCAAUCGAUCAAGGCUCUUCGCACGGCGAAUGCAGAUUUGCAAACACUGCGCAAACAUCUCAACGAGUUUCAGAACACCAAUCAAUACCGAAACAACACCUCAAUCGAUCGCCGUGGAAAGCGACGUCGUGUGGAGUAUACCCAAUAUGAACCCAUCAGGCAUGCCUCUCGAGCGCUGCACGAAGCCUUAACAACGGCGUGGCCCUGUUCCCAACCCACCCAUCUCAGCCAUUAUGCAAAGUUGUUACUGAGUGUAUCAGUCGACCAGGAAGUUAGUCUACAUUUGAUUAUUCUGUCAGAAAAUUCCCGUCGAAACAUAAGACCUGAUAAUCCGGUGCGUUUGUCAGUACGUUCCUAUAACCAGGCACGUAUUGAUCCCGGUUUCUCUGGUCCACUCCCAGCGGACGCGGCGAAAAAGGUAGAAAUGCCGAAUGGCGAGUCCUCACGCCAUGUUGCAGAAGAAGCUACCCAUCGACUGGGGAAAGCUCGUAAGCGAAAAUUGGCCAAUGGUAUUUCUGAUGGGUCUCUACACAAGGUGAGACCGCGGUGGUGCGACUACAUGGAUCUUCGCAGUUCGUCGGAUAUUUGUUCUGACCUGGCUCGACAAGCGAGACCAUGUCAGAAAAGUCAAAGAGAAGAAAAUUGUAUUGGAUAUAUUGAUACAGAUACAGUCCUUGAUAAGUACCGCCACCUUUUCUUCUCAGGUAACAGCAGGGUGAAUGAGCUACUCCAGACGGAGACCCAUGGCAAGCCAGCACCUGUGUAUGAAUUAUUAAGGCAGCCUCUGGAUAAUACCUUGACGGUAGUGGAUCAACUGAAGCUAGUGCGCACUUUAGUUUCAGCGAUGUUACAAUUUCACACCACUCCCUGGUUGAAUGAAUGCUGGAGGCUGCAGGAUAUUGGGUUUUUUCGGUAUGGUGAUGAGUUCUCCGAUGCGUCUCUACGUUCCCUACACGUCACUACCGAGUUUUCCUCGAAAGGACGUGGUGAUCAAAUCGGUAUGGAUGGAGUAGAAGACUACAAUAAUCCAGCCAUGUCGACUAAAAUUGAAGAUGCUAUGCUUCAGCAGGGCAUCCGCAACCUGCCAUUAUAUAGUCUAGGGGUAGUCCUACUCCAGAUUGGACAUUGGGCACGGCUUAAUGGGGGAGAUAUUCGCGGGGUUCGAAGGCUUGCAUCCCAGGCUUGUAGGCUAGGGCCAAGAUACAAGGAAAUCGCACAGAGAUGCCUCGAUUGCGACUUUGGUUUUGGGAAUGACCUUUGCAUGCCCCAACUCCAACAAGCGAUUCAGGAUAGUGUCUUGGACGAAAUUACUGGAAUGAUUGACAGUCUUGAUAUUAACAAGGAUUGA